UCGCUGUUGGCUGGCUAGAAAUCAAGUAUCGCUGUUCAUGUGAAGGCUAGUCGCAAGAUUUUUCAGUUCUAGUGGAGCCAUUAGGCUGUUUGGUUCAGUCGCAAUUCGCCAGUGCUUGGACAAAACACAAUUUGUUUUAAUAUUUCGGCAGUGACGUGGUUAAUUACUGUGAAGAUGUCUUUGAUUCGUUUAAUUGGCGCUGAGGUGAGGUUUUUAUGAUAAUCGGACUAAAACGAAUGUACAUACAAUAAAUCAAGCAAUUAAGAAUAUGCCGCAUUAUUGAGAUAACAACAAUGUCAUCGCAAUAAUUGUUUUAUUAUUUGCUCAUUUCUAUUUUAAUUGGUGUUUGUUUUGCUCAGAGCCACGCGUGGCAGUGAAUUCUUUAUCACAAUAAUGUUAUGUAACUUAUUUACGGGUAGAACGCGACCACUACAUGCCGUUGCCUAGCGGCUGCAAAGAAAUAUAUUUUGUAUUGUUUUUGUACAUAGAUAUAACAUAUGUAUAUUUGUGCUUACCUUGCUGCCGGCCAAAGAGCGAAAUGUGUUGAGUGCGUGGCUACCGGUUGGUGUAUUAUUAGUUCGAUUGCCGCGGCGACAGUCAAAACUGAAAUCAAAUAGGUAUAAGUACUUUAACAUACCUGAUAACAUGAAACAAAAUUUUUGUUAAUGUCUUUUGUUAUGAAGAAACAAUAAACAGUUUUUGAUAUUACGAAAUUUCAAAAUGUCAAAUAAUGUGAUGUAGCAAGAGCCAACUAACCGAAAUUAAAGCUUCUGUUGUCUAUUUGGAAUUUUUCCUGCAGGGCAUGUGUGCAUAUACACUAUAAGUAACGCAUGUAUACGAUAUAUAGCGAAAAUGAUAAUAAACCGGCAUGUACGUCAGUUCACAAGUCAACCAAAUAAGUGGAAAGAAUAAGCACAUAUCUAUAUGCAGAUAUAAUCAAGGUGUAUAUAUACAAAGUAUAAUAUACACAUCUCUGUCGCUUUUGGUUUAACAACUUUACGUGCAAUUUUUUUAUACAAUAUAAGCAACAAAAAUGUGAUAUUCUGUUUACCAGUUUGGGAAAAUAAAGUAGCAGUUGGCGAUAAAACUAUAAGUGGUAAUUAAAAACUGUUAUGGCGUCAAUAAGAUGAACAAACGCUAAAAAAUUUUUGAUAAAAAUAUAAACAAACACUUAACUGUAAUAUACUCGUAUACACAUGGUAAUUUAUCAUUUCAAUGAAAAAUGAGCCGUAUGUGUAUUAUAUGUACGUACUUAUAUAGCAGUAAAUUUUCCGCUGCUGUAAACUGUUUACUCUCUUAUUACGAGUGCGAGAAUGCUUGUAUAUAACAUUAGUAUAUUCCUUCAUUGAUUAGCUUUUGCGUUGCGAUGUAAUGCUUUUCCCCAAGCACUUUGACUUUCGCUCAUAGUAGAGUCCGUGCAAUGUCAAAUUAAUUAAAACUGAAAUCAACCGUUUUAUCAACUCAAUUUGAAUACCUCAACAGUUCAUAUGUAGACCUGACUUUGUCAGCAUGCUUUUAGUUUUAUAAUUUAUUCGGCGAUGAAUUUAGCGUACUCAACCGUUUGUGACUGAGUGGUAAAUUGCUUUAUGUACAUCAAUCCUAAUAGAAACGCAAACAACUGGACAAAACAUGUCUACAUAUGGUACAUGUACUAAUAAAUAGGUUGUAAGUGCCGUUUGUUGGCUAAGCGCGGCUACUCUUCUGCUCCAGCAACUACAAAAAUGUUCAUCGAUGGAAAAUUUGUGGAGUCUCAAACCAAAGAAUGGAUAGAUUUGCACGACCCCGCUACCAAUGAGGUCAUUAGCCGGGUACCCAAGUGCACACAAAGUGAGAUGCAAGCUGCUUUGGAAUCGAACAAAAAAGCAUUCAAAUCGUGGAGCCAACAAUCAGUGUUAUCCCGCCAGCAGGUAAUGUUCAAAUUACAAGCAUUGAUCAAAUCGAAUAUGGGUGAAUUGGCCAAGAACAUAACCAAGGAACAAGGCAAAACACUUGCCGAUGCUGAAGGCGACGUCCUACGUGGUUUACAGGUGGUUGAGCACUCUUGUAGCAUUCCCUCACUUGCAAUGGGUGAGACUGUGGCUAACGUGGCACGUGAUAUGGAUACUUAUUCGCUUGUCUUGCCUUUGGGUGUCACCGCGGGUAUUGCACCUUUCAACUUCCCCGUCAUGAUUCCUCUAUGGAUGUUUCCAAUUGCCAUUACUUGCGGCAACACUAUGCUUCUGAAGCCUUCAGAGCGAGUGCCCGGCUCGACUAUGCUGUUGAUGGAGCUGUUAAAUGAAGCUGGAUGUCCACCCGGCGUUGUAAAUGUCAUUCAUGGUCAACAUGAAGCUGUCAAUUUCAUUUGCGAUGCGCCAGAAAUCAAAGCCGUGUCCUUCGUUGGCUCCGAUGCUGCGGGCAAAUACAUUUAUGAGCGUGCUGGCAAAAAUGGUAAACGUGUGCAGAGCAAUAUGGGUGCCAAGAACCACGGUGUUAUUAUGGCCGACGCAAACAAGGAGAACACCUUAAACCAACUGGCUGGUGCCGCUUUUGGUGCUGCGGGUCAACGUUGCAUGGCACUUUCUACUGCCGUGUUUGUUGGUGAAGCACAGAAAUGGAUUCCAGAUUUGGUUGAGCGCGCCAAGAAAUUGAAGGUAAAUGCUGGUCAUGUGCCCGGCACUGAUGUGGGCCCAGUCAUUAGUGAACAAUCGAGGAAACGUAUUAAUCACCUUGUUGAAUCUGGAGUAAAGGAAGGAGCUAAACUCAUUCUCGAUGGACGCAACGUCAAGGUGCCUGGCUAUGAGGCGGGUUACUUCGUGGGCCCCACCAUACUCUCUGACGUUACACCCGAUAUGGAGUGUUACAAAGAGGAAAUAUUUGGACCUGUCUUAGUAAUCUUGAAAUCCGAUACUCUCGAUGAAGCCAUUCAAACCAUCAAUGCGAACCCCUACGGCAACGGUACAGCGAUCUUUACCACUAACGGCGCAACUGCACGCAAGUUCGUCAACAAAAUCGAUGUGGGCCAAGUGGGUGUGAACGUGCCCAUACCCGUAGCUUUACCCAUGUUCUCGUUCACCGGCACGCGUGGCUCCUUUCAAGGGGAUCACCACUUCUCGGGUAAAAUGGGCAUCAAAUUCUACACACAAACCAAGACCGUAACACAAUUGUGGCGCGAAACGGAUGUGACGCACACGCAGGCGGCGGUAGCCAUGCCCACGAUGAAGUAGACCAAAAGUACAUACUGUAUAAAGUGAUAGUCCAGGGCGUUUGUCUUCCUAUUUAAGAUGCCUUAGGGUCAAUGACCGAUACAAAAAUAACAAAGUUGAUAUAUUUUUGUACGCUUGAUAUUUUCUUAACAAUCCAUACAUGGAAUGCUGCAUUUAUUUUUUUGUAUACCUUAAGUAUGUAAAGCUUCUAAGAGCUCGUUUGUUGCAUAAAUGUUAUUAAGAAAUAAACAUAUGAAUACAUAUUGAUAUUAAAAGAAAA